CAAUAGUCCAAUAGUCUGUUUCGCUCAACUUUUUUUCCUCAUCUUCACGAGCGUCAACCGUGAUUUUCAUAUUCAUAAGUCUCAAUCUUCCUUUUCUCUUUUCCCACUUGUCACCUGUACCACUUUUCACGCAACUCCCCUGGCGAGUCAAUCGCAGGGUCUCUAAUAAUUUCUUCCCGUCGCUCCUUCAUCCAAACGUUUUCCUUUACAUAUUCAGACUGCUUGUUGUAAAAGACUCGUCAGUCUCUUUUCCCACGUAGUCCUAGCGCAACAUCUUCGCGCAAACUUGUCUACGUGGCUUAAUCGCGUCGUUUACGAUCAAUUGUUGUCUUCCAUCAUGGCUACUGCCGAUGCUCCCGCCAUUUGGGAGUCGCUCCCCGUCCCGACUCUCGACCGACCGUUCGGUGUACCAAUAUGGCCCUACUUCAGCAAGGCCUUCGAGGUCGUCGUCGGCUAUCCCGCCGAUGAUUUUCGAUUCGUGGCCGGCCAGACGCCUAUGUCAACGUUGAAAGAGACGUUGAUCUUCAUUGUCGUCUACUACAGCAUAAUCUUUGGCGGUAGGGAGUAUAUGCGGAAUCGCGAGCCCUUUAAGCUGAAGGCGCUCUUCUUGAUCCACAACUUCUACCUCACCGCCAUUAGCGGUCUCCUUCUGGCGUUGUUCAUCGAGCAGCUGCUACCGACCGUUGUCAGGCACGGCAUCUUCUACUCUAUUUGCGACAAGCAGGGAGGUUGGACACAGCCUUUGGUUGUGCUCUACUACUUGAACUACUUGACCAAAUACCUAGAACUCCUUGACACCGUUUUCCUGUUCCUCAAGAAGAAGCCUCUGACUUUCCUCCACUGCUAUCACCAUGGUGCGACGGCGUUCCUCUGCUACACGCAGCUAAUCGGUUCUACCGCGGUUUCGUGGGUUGUGAUCACCCUCAACUUGACUGUUCACGUGGUCAUGUACUGGUACUACUUCCAAAGCGCUCGUGGAAUCCGAAUUUGGUGGAAGGAGUACAUCACCCGUCUCCAAAUUGCUCAGUUCAUUAUCGAUCUCGGAUUCGUCUACUACGCGUCGUACACCUACUUUACCUCUACCUACUUCCAAUGGAUGCCGAACGCGGGCGAAUGUGCUGGCGAGGAGUUCGCGGCCUUUGCCGGUAUUGGAACUCUAACCUCGUACCUGGUUCUUUUCAUCUCGUUCUAUUUCGCCACAUACAAGAAGGACCACAAAGCGCCUAGCACGCGCAAGACUCUUCGUCGUAUGUCGCAAGCACCUCUUCCUGACCACCACACCGUUACGAGCGCUAUCGAGAAGCCAGUCCUGGCUACCGGAGUCAGGACUAACGGCGUUACUACACGCUCCCGAAAGGCGUAAGGGAUUGAGUUAGUAUCAGCUAGCCGAUUUGUCCCGCCCACUAUGUAAAAGAUUUGGAUCAUUGCUUAACAUGGAAAUUUUGGGUUCCGGUACUGAUAAAGCGAUGCGCCCAUUUCUAAGGGCUGCCUUACAACUAUUCAAACAUUGUAUUACUGGCCCCUACAUCGAUAAUGGCAUUCAUAGACGGGAGGCUAUGACGGGGUAAUGGAUGGGAGAAGCUAGGAAGCUGGCUACAUGAGUAGAUAUUGUAUGAUUGGAGAUUACAUAAAGUGGCGUUCUGGACGGCUGGGUGAUGACAAAAGCAUCUGAGGAUCUAGGGUCGCAUGGAGGACGUUUGCCAUGUCAACCUCAAUAUCUGUUCCCCUUCGUGUCGCAUAAUCCGGACUGGUGCUUCGAAUCAGCAACAAGGAAAA